CUCGAUAGUCCCAGCACACUCUCGUACUACUCUCUCUGCAAGACCCCUCCAUAAAAAGAAACAGACCUUCUCCCACCCCUCUCACCCCUUCGCUUUUUCGCUGAUCUGCAACCACGCUCUCCACAGAUUACCAGUCUCUCGUCACGAUUUCCGUCCUCGGAAAGUUUUAAAGGGUCUUUAAGGACAUGGCCAAGGACGACGAGGUGGUGGAGCAACAGGGCGGGGAGUUCCACGGCAAGGACUACCGCGACCCGCCGCCGGCGCCACUGGUGGACGCUGAGGAGCUCGUCAAGUGGUCCUUCUACCGGGCCGUCAUCGCCGAGUUCGUCGCCACCCUCCUCUUCCUGUACAUCACCGUGCUGACGGUGAUCGGCUACAGCAGACAGAGCGACACGACCCACGGCGGGGACCAGUGCGACGGCGUCGGCCUCCUCGGCAUCGCCUGGGCCUUCGGCGGCAUGAUCUUCGUCCUCGUCUACUGCACCGCCGGCAUUUCUGGGGGGCACAUCAACCCGGCGGUGACGUUCGGGCUGUUCCUGGCGAGGAGGGUGUCGCUGGUGCGGGCCAUCCUCUACAUGGUGGCCCAGUGCCUCGGCGCGGUGUGCGGGUGCGGCCUCGUGAAGGCCUUCCAGAGGGCCUACUACGAGCGGUACGGCGGCGGGGCCAACAUGCUCCAGGCCGGCUACAGCAAGGGCACCGGACUGGGCGCCGAGAUCAUCGGCACCUUCGUCCUCGUCUACACCGUCCUCUCCGCCACCGACCCCAAGAGGAGCGCCCGGGACUCCCACGUCCCCGUGUUGGCGCCCCUGCCCAUCGGGUUCGCGGUGUUCAUGGUCCACCUCGCCACGAUCCCCAUCACCGGCACGGGCAUCAACCCGGCCAGGAGCUUUGGGGCCGCGGUGAUGUACAACAAGGAGAAGGCGUGGGAUGACCAAUGGAUAUUCUGGGUGGGGCCAUUCAUUGGUGCGGCCAUUGCAGCCUUCUAUCACCAGCACGUUCUGAGAGCUGCGGCCAUCAAGGCUCUCGGUUCCUUCAGGAGCUCUUCCGCCUUGUAACUCCAAACAAUGCCCUCAAGACGUCAUCACAGAGGGGAGAGAGGGAACUUUGGGGUUUUAGUUGUUGUAUUGUGUAAAUUGUUUGUGUGUCAGUACGUAGCGUGUGCGCUUGAGGCACUGGGUUUUUCUACUUUUGUGUGCCUAAUUAGGGGUGGGUUUUCUGUAGUUCUAUUUUCCAUUAGGGUCAUUGUGGAACCGUGAAGUCUGUCAAUACGAGAGUCUAAUGCACUUCCUCCAAAUGCCACUUGCUAUACCUUA